CUCUUGUCUAGCCAUAUACGCUUGGUUGUACAGUACAGUAACUUGCUAUUUCAGUCAUCCCCUUUUGACUUGGACAUUCUCUGCUUCGGGACGUGUUUUCUCGGCCACUUCCGACCGCUGCUUCGGCCUUCUGGCGCCAAUGACUUGGUUUCCACGUGCUGCACGUGCCCCCUUCUGCCUGGGGCGACGCUUCCUUUGGACGCGCCUCGGUGCACCCAGCCUCAGCACUGCACAGCGGCGAUGCUUAACAGCUACGGUGCCAACGGCACAGGGCCUGGUGGCAGAGGUUGAAGCAAAAUCUGCAAGUGGACGGCCCAUCCGACAGGAUAGCCCCCUGUAUGAGAAGCUGACCGAAGAGGUGGAACGUCUGAGGGCCGAGAAUGACCAGAUCCUCGCGAAGGUGGAGGAGUUGGAUGUCUCCCGGAGGCAGCUGGUCUCGGACAGCUCCGGCGUGGUGGCAGCCAUUGGUGAAGGAGGAGCAGAUCCAAGCGCGAUGGCAGCGACCUUGGAGAAGAUCGAAGAACUGGAUCAGCACAUGGGGGAAUUGAGAAGUGUCCAGAUUCAGAACUACUUGAGCAUCGGGGCAUUGAAGCGGCAAGUGGUCACCGUCCAGAAGAAUGAGGAGGUCAUCCGCCUCUCCACGCAAGUCUAUGAAAAGAUCGCCCAGGGUGAAGAGGUGCCAGAGGAUGGUCCUUUGGCAGUCUCCCUGGAGGAGGCCGUGGGACGCUUGCGCGACGAGUUCGACCAGUUCUCUCAGAGCAUUGCUGUCACCAAGAAGGAGCUUGACACCGUGGUGGGCCGGGUCCGAUCAAUAGAGCUCUCCUUGCGAGCUCGACGGGGCAAGGCCGGGCACGAGGCCGAGACCCUCCGCGCCGACCUGAUCUCUGGGCUGUAUGAGGCUCGCCGCAAGAAUGCCCAACUGACGCGCUACCGGAUUCAGCAAGCCUUGAACGUGAAGCUCGAGGCCGUGCUGGAACGAGCCAGGGAAGCCUUCCGAUUCCACGCGCGCAUCCAGGCUUUGAUCACAUCGGGAGACAAGCCGCUGAUGGAGGUCGAAAUUGCCUCCAUCCUGCGGGAGAUUGAUCAAGCUCAGAAACAUGCUGAUGAUUUGGAAGCUAUCAAGGCCGCCCACAGCAAGGAGGUGCAGGAUGUCACUGCUCGGCUGCGAGAGUUCGAGGAUAAAGUCACGCCCGAGACGGGAAAGCUGAGGGAAAAACUGAUCGCCGCCCUGCGGGAGGAGGAGUUCUGCAUCGCACGGCUGGCAGUGCUGCGACAGGUGCAGGCCCAGGACAUCAAGUUCCUGGCCAAUCUUCGCCAAGCUCUGAGCUAGCUCAAAGCAGCUCAGCAGCGGCCGUUUGCCACUGGAGUUCUUUUGGCGGACACCAGCGUCUCGGGCGCAAACCGCCUGAGGUUCCCCAUUUUUUUGGGACAGACCGAUGGUGCGUGAGUUCACCGCUGCGGCGCGGAUCCGCGCGGAUUGUAUCAAACCGCAUCCAGCGUGGUGGUUCCGUGAAGAUACGGAUUGCAG